AGUAAAAAUAAACAAUGAGAUGAUCAAGCAAGUGACCACGGCCAGCAAGUGACAGCCUUGUUAUGAUGUUUGGAGGCUGUGGAGUUUGAGGUACGAAGCGGGUAUCAGCCCCGUUAAACAUGCAGGAGACCACUCUCGACAUGGAGGAUCAGCAAUUUCCAUCUGUCAUCAACCUCAAUGUCGGGGGCCGUAUCUUCGCGACACGUUUAUCUACACUCCGUAAAUACCCGGAGUCCAUGCUGGCCGUCAUGUUCAGCGGGCGCCACAGGGUGGACAAGGAUCUCGACGGUAACUAUUUCAUCGACAGGGACGGAACCUAUUUCUUGUUUGUUUUGAAUUUUCUGCGGGAUGACAAUGAUCUUCCACCAGUUAAUUACGCAGAAGAUGUUCUAAAGGAAGCUAUGUUUUACGGCAUUCAAUCUCUGAUAGACAGAUUGAAGAACUCGCCUCCCCUCUUUGCUGAGUACGUGGUGCGAGAGAACGUGCGUAAGAAACUUAGCGGGUACCAGGAGGUGAAGGAAGAAAUCAUAUCGCUCGCCAAACUUCAGGUGAUGGAAAGUGGUGCUAUAACGUCAGUCGUUCGACUGAUCAUCUCUAAAAACCAGCCGGUGCCUCGUGACCUACAAUUCUCGAAACAAGUUUACAAACAAUAUUACAGAAAGUUCAGACUGUACCCUAGUUUUGAGGCAUGCUACGGUAAAUAUUUUAUAAACUUGCCAGCUGAAAGGGUCAAAGGUCAUCCCGACUCUGUAAUGGACCUAGUGGCAGCUUGCCUUAGUCGUGAUCUCCUUGAGGAGGGGUAUAAGGGCAUAUUUAAGUCUGAGGGUGUGCAUGAUGAGGAUCGUAAACUUAAAACUAUCACGUGGUGUGACGAUGAGUUCCACGUGUCAUCCUCAUGUCAUAUGUUCAGGUUUGAUUGGCUCGACACACCGGGUAGACACUGAACCUCAUCUUAAACUAUAGGGCAUCUACCACAUUCCUUACAGAUAAACAGUCUAGCUACCGAUUUUCGUAUUAAAUAAUUCAUUUAUUGACUGAAUCCAUUGAUCCAUUCCGUAUAGAGAUUAGGUAGUAGGUACCUCAGUUUCCAGGGAGUAAUAUUUGACCCAAUCCUUACAAAGUCUAGGUACCUUAAUUCCCAGCAUUUAAUCUAUUGACUCAUUCCUUACAGUCUAGGUACCUGAAUUCUCAGUAAAUAAUCUAUUGACUCAUUCCUUACAGUCUAGGUACCUGAAUUCUCAGUAAAUAAUCUAUCGACUCAUCCCUUACAGUCUGGGUACCUGAAUUCUCAGUAAAUAAUCUAUCGACUCAUCCCUUACAGUCUGGGUACCUGAAUUCUCAGUAAAUAAUCUAUCGACUCAUUCCUUAGAGUCUUGUUAUCUCGAUUCUCAGUAAAUAAUCUAUCGACUCAUUCCUUACAGUCUAGGUACCGGUACCUCAAUUUUCAGUAAAUAAUAUAUUGACUCAUUCCUUACUAAUGUGAAAUUGUAGACCUCUGGCUUUCAGUAUAUAACCCCGCAUAAUUUAAUUUUAUAUCCCUAGAAUGUACCACGAUUGAAUAUAAACCUCGAUAUACACUGGACUUUGAUAUUUUGAUGAGUAAUUAUAACUCUAUAUUCUCUAUUUGAUAUGUGUAUCCUAAGUAUUAUACAAUGUAGUUGUCUUUGAUGUCAGAAGGACUUAGAUAUGUGAAUGUAUUCGAUGUUUUAUAUAACUAUUUUAUAUUUCGCGACAUAAAUACAAUACUCCUUAACAAAUAAAAUAUGCUUUACAUUUUCGAACUAAUUCAUCGCUAAUAAAGUGGCAUUGUAAGAAA